AUGACUCCCCUGCCCGCCGGCAACGCCAGCGCCUGGGGGGCGGCAGCCCCGGGCACCGGCCCCAACUGCAGCGGAGCCGCCGGCCUGAGCCGGCAGUGGGUGGGGGGGGCCGCCCUGAGCCUCGCCGCGCUGGUGAUCGUGGCCGGGAACUUGCUGGUGAUCGUGGCCAUCGCCAGGACGCCGCGGCUGCAGACCGUGACCGUGUUCGUCACCUCGCUGGCCUGCGCUGACCUCGUCGUGGGCUUGCUGGUGGUGCCGCCGGGGGCCACCGUCCUGCUGAGCGGCCGCUGGCCCUACGGCACCGCGGCGUGCGAGCUGUGGACCUCGCUGGACGUGCUCUGCGUCACGGCCAGCAUCGAGACGCUGUGCGCCGUCGCCGUGGAUCGCUACCUCGCCGUCGUGUCGCCGCUGCGGUACGAGGCGCUGGUGACCAAGGGCAGAGCGCGGGCGGCGGCGUGCCUGGUGUGGGCCGGCUCUGCCGUCGUCUCCUUCCUGCCCAUCAUGAGCCGCUGGUGGCGGGACGGCGCGGACGAGCAGGCGACGCGCUGCUACGACGACCCGCGCUGCUGCGACUUCGUCACCAACGUCACCUACGCCGUCACCUCCUCCGCCGUCUCCUUCUACCUGCCCCUGCUCGUCAUGGUCUUCGUCUACGCCCGCGUCUUCGCCGUGGCCGCGCGGCACGUCCGGCGCAUCGGCAAGGACAAGGUGAGGUUCUCGCGAGGGCCCCCCAGCCCGGGCUCCGGGGGCACGCGGCGGUGGCGGCGGUCGUCCCGGCUGCUGGCCGUCAAGGAGCACAAGGCGCUCAAGACCCUGGGCAUCAUCAUGGGCACCUUCACGCUCUGCUGGCUGCCCUUCUUCGUGGCCAACGUCGUCAAGGUCUUCUGCCGGCCGCUGGUCCCCGAUCGGCUCUUCCUCUUCCUCAACUGGCUGGGCUACGUGAACUCGGCCUUCAACCCCCUCAUCUACUGCCGCAGCCCGGACUUCAGGAGCGCCUUCCGCGAGCUGCUCCGGCCCCGCCGCGCCGACCGCCGGCUCCGCGCCGUCCCGCGGGACCUGCGGCGCUGCCCGUGCGCCUUCAGCCCCGGCGGGGGCCCCGGGGACGGCGGCGAGGCGGGGGCGCCCGGGGAGGGCGGCGAGGCGCGGGGCAGCGGCAGCCGGGCGGAGGAGACCGGCCUCUGCGGCGGGGGCCACGGGCCGCGGCCCCUGGGCGAGUGCCGGCUGCCGGGCACCCAGACCACGCUGUGCUCGCAGCUCGACGAGUUCACCAGCAAAGAGGUGCCAGCAGGUCCCUCGACGUGACUGAGAGCCGGAGGGAGAAGGGAAGCAGGGCCGCAGCGGAGCCCUCUCGCGAGGGCGGUCACCUCGGGCUCCUCUUCCCAGCCCGACGCACCCGGGAGCGGAGGCCACGAGAGCUGCGUGCGGCGCUGAGGCUCGUGCCCCGCGGUCUGCGCCCGGCACGCUGGCGGAGGGCGGCACUGGGAUGCUCCGGUGCAGCGUGAGCCGGGCGGGAACGGCCCUUGCUGCUGCGUGCCGUGUUUGGCAGGACUCGAGCAGUGAGCCCCAGGGCUCUGCUGUCCCUCUGGAGCUGGAGAGCUGGUGCCAGCGUGGAAAAGCUUGGAGAACCCCCCAAAUCUCUUGUGCUGAGCCCGGUGCUGCCAGGCUCUCCACUGGGUCUGGCACUGCAGCCUCCGGGGCUGCUCGGAGGGGGAGAAGCUGCUGCCUGGGGGCUGUUUCCCCCUGGGGCAGGCGUUGGGUGCAGUGGCUGGAUGCCCUGCUCCAAGGAGCCCAUCUUUCCGGGCUCCCCAGCACUCUGCAGCUGUUUCCAGCUCCAGGGGAGGAUGCCGAGGGCUCCCAGCACAGUGUUGAUCCACAACAA